AGAACAAAGCGACCCCUUGCUUUUUCACCUCUCUUUCACCAAAGGAAACCCCACCGUUCAGAUAAUUGUAAAUUUGAGCGCGUAAAUAAGUAAAACUUUUGACAGUAAACAGUGCAACUACAAGAACUGUUGGAUCAGCACAUCAAAAAUUCGCCAGAUAAACAGCUUGAAAAGUACGGCUUCUCGAGCUGCAACUCCCUCUAUCUAACUAUCGCAGUAGAGGUUCGUCCCACCUUCGGGAGGUCAGCCUCAUCUUCACCUUAAACGACUACCGUGAUGAGCCAGCGUGGCGGAGGUUGCUGCGGUAGGACCGGCGGCGCGGCUGGUGCGGGCACCACUCGUCUGGUGCAGCUUGCCACGACAAAGACCAGCUUCUUUUUGUUCAGCACGCUCAGCAGUGUAGUACUCCUUGUUCCGGUUAAUGUUCACGCUUGGAGCCAACCGGGGACCACGAAGAGAAGGAACACGAAGUUCAUGCAGCGCCGAGACGAAGUGCCGGUGGACGAACACGAAGUACAACCAGCGGAAGAAGGGACCACGACGAGAACUCAUCAGCAUGAAGAUUUUCCGCAGGACAGUACGGCUGGUGCUGACGGAACCCUAUUGCCCGGCUCGACAAGUACAACAGGCACGGAAGAAGAUGACGUUGAGGCCAAACAUGACGCUGGCGCCCUUGACGAUGCUGUUCCCCCUGCUCGUCGUGUGGCAGCUGGGGCACAAGCAGGUUACAACUUCUACCCGAAGCAAAGCCUGAUCAGCAUCCCAGUGGCAGCGGCCCCCGCGCGGAGGUCAUCUACUACAUCGACGGCUUUGUUACCUGCGGACACCAAGAAUCACGGUCAGAGCCCCCCUUUAGGAGGAGCAGCGGCGACGGGUACUAUUAACUCUCAUCCGCGCGCUUCUCGGUCUGUUGGAGCAAGACAAAAACUUGUCCGCGGAAGUCACGAUCUAAAUGCAAAACUCAUAAAAAAUAUAAGUAGCUUUUUUAUUUUUAUUGUUUUAGUUUACUUCAAAAUCAAAAUCAAAUACAAAUGCAAAAGUUGAUGUAUCUCUACAAAAAGGUGGAGGACGUGGUCGAGAAGUACCGGUGGUGGCUCCAGGAGCGUCAGCCAUGCAGAUUGAUUCCUCCGGCGAGCACAUCAGUCAACAGAAGUACCAUGAUGGUCAUGUUGUAGCUCCUCUCGGUGCUGAGCAAGCCGCGGAAGAGGAUGGAGAUCAUCUUCAUGGCUCAAGAGCUACAACUGAUCAUGUUGGCGGCGGCGCACCAGAACCUCCCUCUACUGCGGUACUACAUGAGAACUACGUGUUGGAAUCGAACUUCCUCGAGGCAGAUUCAGGAACCCCAACUCGUGGUCGUUCUCCCCGACGAAGUGGCGGGACGUCCUCGGCGAUACGAUCCAGCAGGACGCUUCCACGUUCUCCCGAUGAUGAUGAAGGAGGUCCUCGUCUUCGUCCUCCUUUUCCAGCACCACUACCGCGCAACCUCUUUGGACAAGUCGAAGAUGGAGAGCAAGACGGCGCGGAGCAAGAACAACAAGAUGUAGUUGGUAUCGGUCGUGGUGGCUCAAGAACGUCAUCCAUGCCCCCUGUUCUUCUAGGACAUGCUCAUGAGGCAGCAACUUCGUUCUCCAAGUCGUCCACAAGGCCCCUACCAGAGCAAGUUGAAAUGCUAGCUGGGCUGUAUGACACGCGGGCGGGGCUAGAAGAAAUUGCCAGCGACAGGCGCAUUGAAGAUGAAAAUGUGGGAGAUCAGGCUACUUACGCACUGAAUAUCCUGCUUCCGCACAUCAGCAAUUUCCAGAGUGCAAUGCAACACAACGCGAAAACCGAUCCAAGAGGCCUGUCCCGCGAAACGAAGACCUUCCAGCACACCGACGUCGUUGGCUUGGAUCUUAGCAAGGAAGUUGACAAGAAAAAGCUGUGUUUGCAAGUCAGCGUUUUAGCCUUUCACAUCGUUUGCCUACCACACGGAAAGCUUGGCUACAUCAUUGGCCAGGCCGACGCGAGCUUGGGAAGUAUGCAGGUUGAUCUUCAUUCUCGGUCCUACAACAACUUAGCCGACCAUUUCUCCCCCGACCAACACCUCGGGCUGGUGAGACCGCAGGAGUUCGAGGUCCUCUUUUUCCUCGACCUGUUCUCCGACUUCCGCGACGUGCGGCAGGUCGCUGUGAAGGUGACGCUGCCCGCCCACAUGCUCGCACGGCAGUUGUACGUGCAGGAACUUUCGUUGAUUCAGUCCGGCGACACGUGGACGGGCAUUGCGACCUACCUGCUGAGCCACCCGCUCCGGGACCGCUUCUAUCAAGAGGAAAACUCCCCCCUCCCCAUAUCGAAACGAAGUUUCUGAUGCUGGAUUUCCGUACACAAAUCAGAUUUGUCUUGCAGUAAAGGACUGCGGGCGUAUGUCAAGCCUCGGCCGAGAGGUUUUGACGUAGGCGCCUAGCAUGACAAACGUGUAUGCUCGAAGACCAACAACAUCACAAACCGCCUGCAAAAUGCAGGGGGCCCUCUGGACUUGCCUUCUUGCAAGACAGACAAGAUUUGAGGUCACAAAUGUGCAUCGCAAAUUUUCAGACGGAUGCGCUUUCAAUAUGGGGAGGGGGGAUUUUUCUUUACGAUAGCUUCAUCUUACAGUUCACGGAUGCAGCGGCUGGGGUGGACAAAACGCUGUGGAAUUAUGGAAAGGAAAAAUCCCCCCUCCCCAUAUCAAAACGGAAUUUCUCAUGCUGGAUUUGUGUACACAAAUUUAGCUUUGUAUUGCAGAGAGGCAUUGCGGCCAGAUCCCGAGGCUACGUAGGGGCGCGCCAUGGGUCUAGUUGUUCAGCAUGGCAAACGACUCCCCUCUAGGCCCAACAGCAUGACAAAUCGACUCCAUAAUGGGGAGGAAGCCUCUGCCCUUGUCUUCUUGCAAGACAAAUGGGAUUUGUGCCCUCAAAUCACCAACGCAAAUUUUCGGAAACCUACCUGUUCAAUAUGGGGAGGGGGGGGUUUUCUUCUCAAUAGGAAUGUGCAAAUGAUCACGGAGGCGUUUCAACAGGACUUGCGGGAAGGAACAACGAUCGCGGUCGCGGCGGGUUUUGGCGGUGGAAGUGCCGCGGCGCUUCAAGCGGAAGAUGUUGCUGGUGUAGGAAGUGAUGUUGCACCAGGAGCACAAGCGGCACAGGGAGGAGACGGAAGCACUACGCCUCGCGGUGGAGGAGCAGCAGGGGGUGCUUCUUCUUCGUUGGCAGCACCUCCGCUGUCUCCGCGCACGCCUCAACAACAAAUAAAACGUCGCGGUUUAUUAGCUGUACCAGGUUCAUCUUCUCCAUCUCCGCAAGCCCCUUUUUCUGGCGGAAGUCGAGCUCCUCACCGCACCCCCGGCACUGCAGGCACAGUGUCGAAAACUCCCAACUACAUGCUCCAAACUCCCAUGUCUGCCGUCACUUUCGCGGAUGACGAUUUGAUCCGGAAGCGCACAAACGUCAUGGGCAACUCCCAAAGUGCCGGGCUCUCCAGACUCUCAUCUACUGCGCAAACCAACCUGAUCAGCCAGAUCAACGCCGAGUUUCUAAACCACAACGACGAAGGCCCGGGAGCUGCAGCUUCCGCAAAGGUGAUGAAGGUCCACUUCGGCACGCAGCGCCUGGCGGUGACCUACCUGGGCGACAGCGAGGCGCUUUACGACCGGCUAAAGACCAUGUGGAAGAUCAGCGACCCUCGGCCCGGGCAGCUGCUGCAAACUACACAGCAGCAGCUGAGCCCUCCAGCUGGGGCGCCAGCACGACGUCCUUUGCGCGCCGAUCUGUGGAGUAAGAUCUGGGCCGUGCCAAAUUUUCGGCCACCGAAGUCGGUGGCGAAUCGGCACUGCCAGAGACUGUUGUUUCCUGGUAUCAAACCUGUGACACCUCCGGCCGAUGGGCCGGCCAACACGGAGGAUUUCGAGGAGAAAAUGGGGGAACGCCUGGACAAACUUCUGGCCGACGGUGCGAUCGAACUGAAAAAGGUUCUCGAUGAUUAUCCGUUUGUUUGUUCUAACACGGAUCCUGCUGAGCGAACUACUCCACCUCCUUCCGACCAAGAGCGAAAGCAAGAGCGAGAGGCCGUGGUCCGCUACUUCCACGCUUUGCACCACUGGCACUUCCACCUGGCCAACCAACACCUCCGAAACUCAAGCGUGCUGGUCAUUUUCGUCCGCGACGGCCGCGCCGCCAGCCACAAAGCCGCACACGUGGAGCACGAUUCGUCCCGGAUUGGGGUGCAGCAGUUGAUCGAACUGGCCGCGGAGCUGCCGCGCGUGGACGCUGUGGUAUUGGUCGGCGACACUUUUGUUGUUGAAGACGAACAGAAAGAGUUGGAAAACUUUUUGACAGAAAUGCAAACGCGUUGGUACAAUGACCAGUUCGGAAUCAAAGCACCUGAAGCAGAACAAGCAGGCCCGCUGGCGCAAAAAAAAUCCUCCAGCAUCUUCGUCUUAAACGCGCUGAAGUGGUGGGAAUCCGACCAAAUUAUGCCGAUGCAGUUCUCCCGCGUCCAGCAAAUUCAGGUUUUGGACGUGCUUCGCGAACGUUGCGGCGAUUUGGUCCACAUGGGCAUGCGGUCCGGGAUGCUGGAGCCUUUUGCCUUGAUCGGGCACAAAGUCGUCUCGAUGGACGAAUUGGGUUCCGGCGGUGCCGACCGCAUGAUUCGCUUCACCGAAACGGGGGAUGGGCUCAAGUUCAAGAAAGUGCAACUCCAUGACCCGGCGACCCCUGUAGGCAAGCAAUUUGUGUUCCUGAACCGGUUCUGGUACUUUGCGCUGCAACGGGCGUUUUUCCUUCUGGACCAGCUGUUUUUCGUCCCGACAGUACUGCCACGACCGGAGGGCACGACGGCGCCUAGUGCAGCUCACGGUCAAGAAAAGCACCAUCAAAUCUCCGACCCCACCUGGCUCUGCAAAGCGCUGGAGCCGUUGAAGCGGCAAACAUCUUGGCGAAUUUUCGGGGGGCCGGCGGAGGGGAGGGACUGUUCUUCGGCAGAAGAGGGAGUCACCAAUGACGGAUGUGUCCAGGAGAGUCGUUACUUGCAACAAGCAAACAAACUUCCGACCGAAGAAGACCAGAAAUCUGCGACGCGCUACUUGGAAGUUGCAGGGGAGAAAAAGGUCCUCGAGGCCAACUUGAAGGAAAUUAACGGGGACCAAAGCGCGGGCGCCGCGCUGGAAGAACUGCGCAACGGCAUCAUGAAGAAGUUACUGAAGUUCGAAACAGACCGGCGGGACGAAUUCACGACAAUGUGGGCCGAUGUCCCAGCCACCGAGAAACAGGAGGACGAGCCUGGUCCGGCCGCGCCCAAAGCUGCAAAGCCAAAGGGUAAAGGCAAAAACAAGGGAAGAACAUCAGACGACUGGACGCUUCUCAAGCGCGCUUGUUCGAAGUACAGAAAACUGGACUCCGAGUUGGAAGCUACUUUGAAUAGCCUAGGUUACCCCAUGACGGCGACCAAAACCUUCCAAGACCUUGCGGCGGAGAGCGUGUCCGUUUCGACCGUACGCGCGCUCGCGACCUCGCUGUCUACUGCUUUGGAGCUGCGCAUGAAAGACGAGGUGCAUCUCCAGUCGAGCAUGCUGAUGGAGCUGAACGGCCUGGAGGCCCAGUUGAGUGGGGGGCCGCUUCAAGAAGCCAGCAAAAAAGUCAGCGACUGGCAACAAAUGAACAAGAAUUUCAUUCGCAACAAACUCGAUCGCCGCGCCAUCCAGUUCGUCAAAUCGUACUCGCAGCUCUGCGACGUCGAAACCAGAACGGCAGCCACGCCGACCGUGACGCAGCAGGCAGCGAGCCGCGUGGUCAUCGCCUCUGCGGUAGAGGCUUCGCGGCCCGGGAUCUCUCUGAACGACGGCAUCGUGGACAUGGGAACCACCAAAAUUGACGAGCUGGGGUGGGAAGUGUACAGCCACGGGAAAAAUACAAAUAAGCAAGGAGAUGCUAGUACUUCGCUUUUGCCUUUGCGCGAGAAAAAACACAAUCUCUUAACGUCCCUUCGGGAGUAUGUGGACAGCAUUCCCGGGUACCACGAAAUCAUGUUCGGCGUUUAUGGGCGAUCCGAGGAUGAGAAGUACCCGAUGACGGCACCUGCAAAGGGCAAACCGAAGCCGAAACUUAAGAAAUACCCCAUGAUCAACAAAGCCGAUUCCGGACAGUUCGCGAGACCAGACGACCUUGACAACAACCCGUACAAACAGGGCUUUUCGCGGGACGAUUUGGCCCGGAUUGGGUACGCCAUUGAUGACUCACUGAAAAAUCAAUAUGGCAGCCCGGAGCGGCUUUGGCGGUCGGCCAGUCGUGUACAGCGAUUGGCACUGACGGAAGAGAAGAUAUCAGGGGGAAAAAACGUUAUUCCCCUGCGACGCUACCGUACAACUGCGACUUACUCAGAUGGAAACAUGUGAUGCUGAAGACUUUUCUAGCCGGAUGCUUUUGCUGUUCCUGUCACAACUUUGUCAUGCAUGAUUGAAGGCUCUGCCUCCUGGGCUUCGGCAAUUCCAAUGUCGCGCAGUAGUUAGUGUCCUUGCCACUCACUUCUACUCCUCUGUCUUUCGUCGUAGAAAAAAAGUUUGCUACAUGCCGAUGAACUUCGCGUGUUUAUUAUUCGUACGGUACGGGGUCCACCUCGUCGCGAGGAAAGAAAUUUUUGUUUUUCCACCUUUAUAGAUGUUUUUGGCCAAAAUCACCAACAGUUUCUGGAAGCACUCCCCGCCGCCAAACAUGAGCAAAGACGAUUAUAUCGAAAACGCGAAAUCUUGGCUGAAAAAACACGGCACACACAAAGUCAUGUUCCCUCGGCUCAACCGGUCUGUCGUCGAGCUGUUUCAGAACAAAAAGGCCCAGAACGUGCGGCGGAUUGAAGCGGACUUCCAGCAGUUUUGCGAAAAGUUCAGCAGAGUGAGAUUUAUGAACUUCGACGGAGUAGAUGGGGGCGUCGAACAAGAUUCGCGUGGUCCUAUCUACGACUACGAGCUUUGCAAUUGGGUGUUUGCUCCGGUGCAAAGCUCCGAGGAGGACCUGCGUGCGCCCGAGCUGCAUGCAGGUGCGCAGGAAAUUUUUCCUGCCGACCGUGAUGGGGAGGAGGAAUUCAAAGCGGUUGAGGACCAACUCGCUGGGCCCGAGUUUCAGUUUGACCCACAGCAACAAAUUUUGCAGGGAGGGGGUGAUGUCGACAUGGGGUGUUUAGGGGAAGAUCAAGAUUUCCUGACUGGUGGGUGUCGAGUAAACGAUUAUGCUGAAGAAGCUGAAGCUGCUGGUGCCGAAGGGGAGGCCGAAUCGCGGGGGCAGGCUGGGGUUGCUGCUGACACCCCCUCCACGGCAGAUGUAGAAAUGAGCGAAGAUGUUGUAGAUGAUGAGAAUGGGUUUGGGUUUGCCGCCCACGUCCGUCAAGGUCUGGAGACUCUCACGGGAAAGGAACCGUCCGUAGUUGCGUUCCGCCUCGAAUCGCCCGGGCUCCGCCUCUCUCCGGGGCGGGGAGCUGUUGGUGGUGCGGCGAGUUCGGCGGCGGGGUCAGGCGAGCCAUGGACCGGACAUAGUAAGCGUAUGGCGGAUUUUUCAGCCCCACCUUCUCCAGAUCCUUUUGCUCCUGGUCCCGGUCGACGCGGGCUGAGAAUCAGGCAAAAUGGUGACGACGACUAUCCACAUGUGGUGGGGCAUCUCACUUUCGGUGAUGUCAAAGUGGGUGAAAAAACCGAUUCGAGCGCAAGUCGUCCUGGUGGUGCCUCGCCCACGGGACGAGCAGCAAGUCAACACGCAGAGGCUGCACCUGGUGCAGCAGGGGAGCAACAAGUACAAGAAGGAGGAGGACAAUAUGAUCGGGAGCAGGGGGAGCACGAACAACUACAACAGGAUGUUGCACUCGACAGUGCUACUAGAAAUAUGCUGGCGUCCUCAUUUGUUGAGCAGAGCGCCUCACCUUCACAAACGCCGCGACGGGGAACAAACUCAGUACGUAGUCCCCCUGCAGCUCCCGGAAGAGCAACAUCAGAAUCCAGCCCAACACCAGCACUGGCAGCUCCCCAACAAGGACGAGCGACAAGAUUGCUAGAAAGUCCGACCCAGUUAGCCGCCCGGGCAGCAGCGGGUGCGGGCCUCGACCCGCACGGCAACAGUGGACAAAUCGAAUUUCACCAACUGGCCUACGGUCUAGAACUGCUUCACCUCCGCACCAUGGAAAAAAUUGCGGAAGGGGUGUUAGUCAAAGUCACGCAGCUCGAUGAGCAGUCGGCGGCCCCUGCCGGCGUAGAUUCAGAAAUGUUCUUUGCCGACCCGGGUUCGUUCGAACUGCAUACCACCAUCGGCGACUGGCGCGCGGCCGCAACGCUGGGGGAUACCGAACUUCGACGAGGAGGUACGCGUGAAACCCGCAGGGAGCGGGAAGUUCUCGGGUUCGAACAGGUCAUCGAAAAGCACAUUAGUCAGAUGUUUAUCCGGUUUUUCUUCAUGCAGGCUGGGUUCUGCGAACCGAUUUCGGUUGUGCAACUUGCUAGCGAGGGCUCGGACCGUGAGAUGAAGUAUCAAGUUGAUUUGGAAAAGCGGAAGGCGCUUCAAAUGAGCGGAACGACAGGAGCGUCGCCCCCCGCGAAGUGCCACGAGUUGUGUCUGGAGAACCCGACGUGCAAGUACGGAUCAGUACUGCUGGAGCGAGAGGAGGGAGCACCAGAAAAAGACAAGUGGAAAUGCGAGUUGUUCUCUGAGGAGCUGCGCGUAGAAGCCGCAGCCGAAACUACGGGACCCGAGCAGGCCGGCGAAGUCCAAGCGGGUGAAGGUGGUGAAAAAGGAGGCAAGAAGGUCCCCAACAAGAGCGAGAAAGGGAAGAUAAAACAAGACCAGAAGCAGAAGGAGGGCAGGCACACCAGGGACGCCGGGAAGGCUGAAGAGACCGAAGCACAAGCCGCGCAGAGGAAAGAGAGAGAGGAAGCGGCGACGAUUAAAAAACAGGAACAAGAGAAAGUUUCUGCGGAGAGGAAGAAAAAAACGCAGUUUUUUCAGUGCGAUCGGGCGCAGAACUGGGUGAACGGUGGGAAGAAAAACGUGAUUUGGGGAAACCCGGAAGGAAACCGGGGGCGGCCGGUUCAGAGGAGUGGUAGUAGUGGAGGUAGCGGUGAAGGAACUCCGCUAGCAAUGCCCGGCAGCCGACCUUAGUAGCAUCCCGUUUCGUGCAAGUUCGAUUAAGUAUUCGCGAAGUGAAAUUUGCGUCAUCAAGAAAUAAUCCUUUCCGCUUUGAAGAUGAUGUUAAGUAAUUAGCAGGGCCGGUUUUAAGUGCUAAUGAAUCGGAUGAGACACUACGACUACCGCUAGGGUUGUAAAGAAUUUCCUUUUAAGAACUAAUUUCACCAGACGACGCAGUACAGUAGGUCAGCCAGUAGGUUGACGUUGUAAAUUUUUUUUCAGGACGAGAUGACGAGCCACUGAUUUUCUUUGAUUUUUCGAUUUUGCUUUUAUGACUCUCACAUUCAAGUUACUCUGACUUUUUAAUUUUUCUAGCGACCAGCUUUACUCUUUGUUAUCCUCUCGACUUCUACAGUAUCACUUGAAGCGAUCGGCUUCGGCGCAGUGGCAUCGCUUUACGCGUUUCAUUGCAUUUUUUAUAUAUGUAUCAUUUUUUCCUAGGCAUACUUCUUUAAUUGUUCGCUUCCUUAUUCAUUCUGACAGCUACAUCGUUCAUUCUUGACAUACAUGUCGAUGCAUCAGCAUCUAGGUCAAAGAAUACAAAAACGCGAUUGCGUCCUUACCCUCCUGUACGAAUGAACGUUUUCAGUUUCAGUUUGUCCUUCAU